AUGACAACAACAGCAUCUGAAUUUUCAGAUUCAUUACUUGCCGAUUUUACAAAAUUGCUAGUAGACGCUAACGACUACGAUGUAUUGAUUAAAGUAGGUGGUGGUCAUGGCGAAUCAACAAGCAACAGCAACAGCAACAGCAAUGCUGUUUGUAGAAUAUCACUUGAAAAACUAGACCCGAUAUUUACUUUGGACAUAUUAACGGCUGCAAAUGAAUUGAUAUUACAAGAACUUGAGGCUUCUGUGAUCAGUUUUUUUACAAGACAUCAUGUCAACUGGAUUAAAAGUCAUCCAUUACAAUUGCUAUUCCACACAGUAUUCAAACUAGAGUCAUGUCAUAAAAUUCAACAAUUAUGCCUCGACAACAUUUGUAAUGAUCCUGAUAUAGUUUUCAACUCUUCAAUCUCCAAAUCAAUCAACGAAUCAAUCCUUCUCCAAUUACUUAAACGUGAUGAUUUGAGAAUGAAUGAAAUCAAGCUGUUGGAUUAUUUGAUUCAAUGGGGUGUAACCAACCUUGACAUUAAUUGUAAUGAUGGUAAUGUUGUUGACAGUGUUUCAAAUUGGACACAGAAUGAAUUUGAUGCAUUGGAUUCUAUUUUGAAAAAUUGUAUCGGUAAUAUUAGAUUUGAAAAUAUUAAUCACAACAAGCAACAAAUUUAUCGUAGAUCGCCAUCUCACAAGUUCAAAUUAUUAUUACGUGGCAGUCGAGAUGACUUUACGGCAAAAACAUUUCACAACUUGUGUGAUAAUAAAGGAGCAACGGUUGUAGUGAUGAAAGAUUCUAUCACAGGUGAAAUCAUUGGUGGAUAUAAUCCUGUUGGCUGGACAGGUGGAUUUUAUGGUAAUUGGAUUAUGACUGACAAGAGUUUUAUUUUUAAACUAGCGUCAUCGUCGUCAUCAAUAUCAACAUCAGGAACAACAACAAAUAGGGUGCAAAAUUUACUAGCACAAGAAAAUAAUAAUAAUCCUAAAAUUAGUAGAAUCAUACCAAAAAAUUCUAAAAUGGCUAUAUUUUGUGCUGAUAUUAGGGGUCCAUGCUUUGGUGGCAAUGAUUUGUGUAUGUCAAAUAUGAACAAUUUAAAUAAAGAUUGCACUAGUAACCUUACUUAUUAUGACUCUGAUGUCAUUAAAUCAAACAAAUUUGAUGUGCUAGAUUAUGAAGUUUUCCAGGUUGUCAGGAAGAAAGAAAUUACAAAACUGAUAAAUGGUUGA